ACCGGAUGUUGAUGCUGGCAAAAGCUAAAUCUAGGUUGAUGUUAUUUGCAUUGCUUUGAUACUGACGCGUACUCGAAGGCAACUAAUUGUUAUUUAUGGACUCUUAAAUGAAGUAACAUUUUCGUUUUGAAUUAACAUUUCAAAAACAAUGUUUUACCUUGUAGAGGACAUUUGGUUUUGGAGGCAGAAUGGCCCAGAUUAAUUAAUGAUGUUUUCGUAAAUUAGUUUAGGUAGCUAACGUUAGCACGGGGUAUUUUUCUUUCACAUAAGUUACUAGGUAAUGGAUUUUCAAAGAAACCAUGAUGGAAUUGGAGAUAAUUCGUGCUCAACGCUCAUUGUAUGUUUUGUAGCUAGUGGUGCGCGACACUGCUAGCUAGUAACCUUCAUUUCUCUGUGGCUAACGUUAGCUAUAGUAUCGUUAGCUAGUAAACAACGUCGUUCUCCCUUAGUGUUCGACAAGGCAUUCCACACACAACUUCUCCCACCCGCAGUCGAGGAUCUCCAAACUCGGUCUUAACUUGAUACCAAUGCGUGGGAUGAUGGCUACACAGGGCAGCCCUGUCAAGAGUUACGACUACCUCCUGAAGUUCUUGCUGGUUGGAGACAGUGAUGUGGGGAAAGGAGAGAUCCUAGACAGUCUGCAGGACGGAUCAGCAGAGUCUCCCUAUCCCUACAGCAGUGGGAUUGAUUACAAGACUACCACAAUCCUAUUGGAUGGGAGAAGAGUCAAGUUAGAGUUGUGGGAUACGUCUGGACAGGGUCGAUUCUGCACAAUCUUCCGGUCAUAUUCACGUGGGGCGCAGGGAAUCCUGCUAGUUUAUGAUAUCACAAAUGGCUGGUCGUUUGAUGGCAUUGACCGCUGGAUCCGGGAGAUCGAUGAGCAUGCCCCGGGGGUGCCCCGCAUCCUAGUAGGCAACCGGCUCCACCUGGCCUUUAAGAGGCAGGUGCCCACGGAGCAGGCCCGCGCCUACGCCGAGAAGAACGGCAUGACCUUCUUUGAGGUCAGCCCUCUGUGCAACUUCAACGUCAUCGAGUCGUUCACGGAGCUGUCGCGCAUCGUGCUGAUGAGGCACGGCAUGGAGAAGUUCUGGAGACCAAACCGAGUGUUCAGCCUCCAGGACCUGUGUUGCCGCGCCAUCGUCUCAUGCACCCCCGUCCACCUCAUUGACAAGCUGCCUCUCCCCGUGGCCAUCAAGUCCCACCUCAAGUCCUUCUCCAUGGCCAACGGAAUGAAUGCUGUCAUGAUGCAUGGACGCUCCUACUCCGUGGCCACCAAUGCGGCGGGCGGCAGCGUGAGCGGCAACAACAACAGCAGCAGCAGCAAGGGAAACAGUCUCAAACGCUCCAAGUCCUUUAAACCGCCUCCGAGCCCCCCCAAGAGUAGCAGCAGCAAAAGUAACUGUAACAUCACCUAGUGAGGGGCGAGGGAGGAACUUCUGAGGCCUCCCAUUGGGCCUAAUGCUAUCGCUGUAUGGGGCGCUCAGGGGCCCCAAUUUGGAGAUGCAUAAACACACAACAGGAACUGUAAAAGCUGUGAGUGAGUCCAAUAUGGCUUUCACUCUUUCUUAGACCCCUAGCGCCAUCUUGUGGGUCUCCUUUAAAACCUACAGCUACCACCCACUGUAACCAGUAGAGCUCACUAGCUUGUCGUCCUAAAACCCAGAAGUGAGUUAACUCUGUUUUUUUCAGCCUUUCCUAUGGGGAAAGAAUAGGGUUUUGAGAGAAACACUGAAAAUAAGGUCUGAGGUAAACACAGGCUUAGGAGAUCUUAUACACUUUGUUCUAUGAGAUAAUAGCAGUCAGUUAACAUGACCUUUAUUCAUUAUGAAGCCUUUAUGUGCUUUUUUUAUUACAUAAAUGCAUCAAAAUUCACAAAGUGACGUUAUCUGAUGAAGAUUAUCUCCUAGAACAAAAUGUAAAAGAUCUCCUAAGCCUGUGUUUACCACAGACCUUAUUUUCAGUGUUUAUCUAAAAAACAACAGUCAUUUUCCCCAGUCCAUCGAACCGUGGCGGAGUUAGUGCCUACAAAAAGACAACAUAACUAUUUCUCUCCAUACAGCCUCUUGGACUUUAAGCUGUGAUGUCAUCACUCACCUUCCUGUCAACACUACAAGAGAGUAUGAGGACUCUGAACAGAUUCACUGGGUAUAUUUAAGUAGACUUCGUGUACAUGCGUGGUAAUCGGUCGGCUUGUUUUCCAGUGGAUGUUUUGCACUGACUUCUUACGUGAUUCGUCUUGAAUGUUUUGCGAGUUUGUGUGGGAUUGUGUUAUUAUGCCUGUCCGUUGACUUUGUCCCUCUUCAAUACUUAUAGCCUAUGUCUGGGUCGUGUUCAUUAGGGCAUGCGAUGGAAAACGUUUUGCAGCGGAAACCGCAAAUUUGAGAGUUAUUUCUUACAGGUUGUCAUUUCUUGUUUGUCUUUAUUUUCAUUUGCUGCCUACUGAACUGGUUUGAUAUGGCUCAGAAACACAUUGAGUGAUUAUUCUUUCCAGAUCUCACACGGAUUUGCCAACAAAUGGAACACUUAAAAUAUUGACGCUGCAGCUAAUUUUUUUUAUUUUUUACUCUCUGACAAAGUUUUCUUGUGUGUGUCUUAAUGUUACCUUUAUUUAACUAGGCAAGUCUGUUAAGAACAAAUUCUUAUUUUCAAUGACGGCCUAGGAACAGUGGGUUAACUGCCUUGUUCAGGUGCAGAACACAUUUUACCUUGUCAGCUCGGGGAUUUGAUCUUGCAACCUUUCGGUUACUAGUCCAACGCUCUAACCACUAGGCUACCUGCCGCCCAUCCAUCUUUUGGUCUUCUUCUGUGUGUUGCUCUGUCUGUUGACUUGGGUCCUUGUCCUGUUUGGCACCAGAAUGUAUAACACCAGUCUGGUCUGUGCUCAUAUGAUUGAUUUAAAAGCAAAUGGGGUCAAGCUGUUAUAGCAUAGGGUCAUUGUAGAUUUCACUGGUUUCAUUUCAGAAUGGGUGCAAUAUCAGACUGCUCUCCCUCACUGUUUGCAGUUUAAAGGUAUACUCAGCAAUAUGACGUAGAUGCAGAAAGUAAACCGCAUGGGGGGGACUUCCAUAACAACUAAACGUGAGGCUCUACUUCUAUGCUGUUAUUGUCCCGUGGCUACCAGGCUGUGAACAGUGUGAAGUGUGAGAGUGAAGUCUUGCAUCAUGAUCAUCUCCAUAUCUGCCGUGCUGCUCGUGGCAAUGUCAUUUAGCUGAGUCUACCUUUUAAUGCUGAUCAGAGAGCCAAUGGUGUGUUGAUCCAAGUCGGUUUACUCAUUCAUUGCCCUUUGCCCUGAGUGACCCUGUGAGUAACCAAUAUGUGCCUGGCUUUUUACCGGUAUCAUGAUUUAUCUUGAAGUAUCAGUAGGAUUUUGGGGGGAAUGCCGCAAAGGGCUAAAAUAUCUUUCAUCUGAAUCACUUUGAGGAGUGGUUGUUAACUUGUGACUUACUAACUUUGGACUCCAGUAAACUUAAAUGUAUCCACAUAAGGCAAAAUCCAUACAAGCUUAAUAAAAAAUAGAGUUCAUAUUCACAAUUUUAUUUAUACCCAUUUGUUUAUAAAUAAUAUUCAGGUUUUUGUUGGUGUCUUUUAUAUUUUUGUAAAGGACAAAAUUCUUAGAAUGUAUUUACACUGAGACAUUCCCUAUGCUCACUGCAAGAGAGAUGAAAACCAAUGCAUGCCAUUUUUCUCUGUUUCUACGCCCUUUUAUUAAAUAAAAGGUCAAGGAAAAUAAUCAUUAUUCAGGGUAUUAUAAGCACUACCUGUAUGUGGUAUAAGCUGCUGAGUUGAUUGUAAGGAUGAUGAACGGUUUUGCAAAUAAACGUGGCUGCAUAGUUGCCAUGGAAAGCAAUGGUUUUCCCCAAAUUAAA